AUGAAGUUCUCGACGACAGCAACAGCAAUGGCUGUUUUGGCAUCGGCCUCGUUCGUUACUGCACAGACAUACUCGAGCUGUAACCCCAGAGAGAGCACUGAUUGCCCUGCUGACACAGCACUCGGGAAAGCUGCCACCUAUGACCUGACCAAAGGCGUUCCCACGGGGUGGACUGCCUCGGGCACAGUUGAUUAUAGCGACCAAGGAGGAGCUUUCACUGUCACCCAAUCAGGCGAUGCUCCCCUACUUACUUCCGACUUUUACAUUAUGUGGGGGCAUGUUGAAUUUGUUCUCAAGGCUGCUCCUGGUACCGGAAUUAUCAGCAGCGCAGUCAUGCAAUCCGACACUUUGGACGAAAUCGACUGGGAGUUCCUCGGCGGGGACUCUGGGACCGUACAGACCAACUACUUUGGCCAUGCCGACACAUCCGAAUACAACCGAGAGCAAACCUUUUCGACGCCAGACAACCAAGCUGAUUUCCACACCUAUGCCGUUGACUGGACCGCCGAUCGUAUCGUCUGGCAGAUCGAUGGCUCGACGGUCCGCACCUUGACUCCAGCCACUGCCAACUCUGGCCAAUAUCCCCAGACCCCAAUGAUGAUCAAAGUCGGAAUAUGGGCUGGAGGUGACCCUAGCAACCCACAAGGCACUAUAGAUUGGGCUGGUGGUGAUACGGACUUUACCAAAGGCCCUUUUACCAUGUACUGCGAAUCAGUUUCAGUCACCGACUAUUCAACUGGCUCCGAAUACAAGUACACCAGCGAAAGCGGUACCUCGGACUCAAUUUCAGCCGUGGGCGGCAGCGUGGGCGGUAAUUCAGCUGCAACUGCUUCUGUGGCUACAGACGCGGCUUCGCCUACCGUCACUUCUUCGGAUGGCGAAGCCCCCAUGCCCUGGAGCGGGACUCAUAAAGAGACCGCUGUUACCUCUCACACUGGCUGGCCCUGGGUGUCUACUGCUACCGCCUCGCUAACAAACUCUGACCCUUCAUCAGACUUGUCUUCUGGCGCCGGUAGCACGUUGACACCCCCCACGGUUGCUAGUACCUCCCCGCCUAUUGCAUCUCCGCAUCCUUUAUCUUCGGCUUUAUCCUCCCCCUCUGGUGGUAAAAGCACCACCGCAUCACCGCCAUUCCCAACAACCACCACCACCUCCACCACCUCCACCCCCAAAACAAGUCCUCGAUCCAUGCCGUCGUCGAGAAUCGUUCCUCCGUAUUCGCCUGCCCAGUCAUUUUCCACCUCGACUUCCGUGGGAGGCGGCAACCCGGAAAGUACAAUUACAACUACAUCUCCCGCGAGCAGACCGACGACGACCACUCCUCCAGCCCCGCCACCCAAUGCCGGUAGUCGGUUGACUGUUGGAGUAGGAGCAAUUCUCAUGUCUUUUGGAUGUGUGAUGGCCCUCCUAUAG